GAUUUCAUGCAGUUCUGUUGCGUUGAGUGUUGCAGUCGUCAAGUAGUUUGUAGGAUAUGCAGUUGGUUGAUGCCAUUUUGCAGAAUUCUCCCCAACUUUACGCUGUGGGUGUGUAGGACGAUUGGAAUAGUUUGCCCGCAUAAUAUUAGUUUCGGCGAAGUGUGCUUUUCAACACCCCGAUCCAGUCCCACUCUGUCAACUCCUGGUCACUUCCGAAACGAGGUACCUUUGUGGUUUGGGAACUUGAGAAGGAGUGAGGCACUAGCCAUGGCGUCCUCGCCCGAACCAGCGCCCGGAAUGGGAGUAUUUGUUGUGGUGAAUGGAGACGAGGACCACUGCAGACCUGAUGGAAUUCGAUGUGGCCGCAGUUAUGUAGUAACGCCGUACAAUACAGUAUGAUGCAGUUCUGCUGUACACUCCAGUGAUACAAUAUGAUGCAGUGUGCUGCUUUGAUACAACACAAUACAGUACAAUGCACUGUGCAGUAAUGCAAUCAUCAUACAUUGGCUAUGUCUCAACUUGUAAGAAGAACUGCAGAGCAGCAGUUACAUAUGCCCACCAUGGCCCUACACAGUCUGGGUCAAUCAAGGUCUUCGUCAAACUAGAAGAACAAUGAUCAACUACUUGUACACUGUGAAUAAUGCCUCGCAUGGCUAUUCAGAACCAAUGUUGCAGUCGGCCCUACACUGCCAGCCUUACUUUACGUGCUUUCUCUCCCGUGAUCCCCAACUUUCUAUGAAUGCUUGAAUGAACUUGCUCAGUCAUGUUGGCAACGAAUGCCGCCCAAACAAUUGUUUUGCAAUCGGUGGACCGGAAUGAAAGGUACUUGUACAACCAGGUGCAACGUAAUGCCAAGGAAGACGGAACCCCACGGCGUCCCACUGAUCCCCCGGAGUAAUUCCAAUUUAAAUAAAUAGCAAAGCGCAUGCCAUGUGCAUGGGCCCAGGGGACUCCCCCGUCACCUCAUCUGCAAAAUCAUCUGCGUGCCCGGCUGAACGUGGCUCAAUUUUAGCCGAUGUGCUCACUGCCUUUCGCGUAAAAUUAUAAUGGACAUCUUGUGCGUCGCUAAUGCCGGAAAAUGUGUUGGUAACACCUGAAGUUGAACACUCCUUUAUGUGAUGUUGGAGCUGUAGGCAAUGGGUAUAUGUACAUUCUGAUAUAAGAAAAAAGAAGAGGAGAAACCAAUGUAUCCCGAACGCCUCUGCAUAUUCACAAUCUAUAUAAUACGAUAACUAACGCUUGCCAUGUAUAAGCGAUUCUUUGGAUCCUUCUUUCAUGAUCGAAUCGGGCACUGUCGAAUUGUGACAAGUUCGAGAUCUUACAGCAAUGAGAAAACAUUUGUGACACUGGAGUUUUCCAGCCCCGGCCACUCUCGUCAGGCAGUUGAACAAUUUGGCAAUUACAAAAUCCAUGGCUGCCAUACGUCGGUUACGUUCUUCAAGAGUCGCAAUGCUCCUGCGGGUCCUGGUGGCCGUGGGCAAUUCAACAAUGGCUUCCGCGGAGGCCGAGGUGGCGGAGGCCGUGGUGGACGGUUCCCAGGCAAUCGGGGUUUCGGUGGCGGAAACCAGGGACAAUGGAAUCACCAGCAGCAGGCGGGUGGUAUGAACCGUCGCGGCCGGAGCUUUGGAGACUUACAGGGUGAACGGAUGCGAGGGAUGUCACCUAACGCCGCAGCACGGUUCAUUGAGCAACGAUUGGCGGAGAAAGAAAAACGGCAGAGUGGGUAUAAAGGAGAAACGGGCGAUUCCUACUCGUCAAGAAACAACGACCGAUCUGCCUCGCGCUCUCGAUCACGGUCUCCAGAUGACGACUAUAACCGCCGCUCCAGCUCGCGGGAGUAUCGCAGGUCUAGCUCGCGUGAUUAUGCUUCCAGAUCAAGAUCCCCUUCCAGAAGCCGCUACUCGCACUCCCUUUCGCCCCGGCGGAAACGUAAGAGCUCCUGGCGCUCAAUGUCUAGGUCAAGGAGCCGUUCCCCUGUACAACGAUCGCCAACACCAGACCAUGUUCUUGACCAAGCUGUGGCUACAGAUGAUGAUAAUGAUCGUCACCGCUCCCGUCAUCAGCACGCUGAUGAUAGCGAGUCGGACAGUGGCAGGAGGCGCCGCAACCGCAAGCACCGCAAACAUCGUCAUACCAAGUCCGAAGCGGCCGACAUCGUAGUGCCGAGUGAAGCAUACAACGUAGAUGAAUACGCUGAGGAAGAGGCUCUCGCUGAGCCACAGCAGGAAAUUUCACCAGAGGAGAUGGUAUUGGAAUUACCCAUGCCCAGUGGGAACUUCCCUACAGUAACGCAGAAGCUUCUUGACGCGAAGCGGGAAGGUCUGGAACAGGAGUUCAAUGCUGACGUCUCCACCAUAGUAUCGGUGACGAAUCUGCUAAUUGGACAAGACAAGUCAUUGCAGAGUGGCCUUCAGGCAGCUGUGAGGGGCUGUAUUCGAGACAUCAGUGAUCGAUAUGUGGAUGAGUUUGAAACCUUCACCAAGGCCAAUGUGCCGGCAUGAGAAAACCCUAGCGGAAAUUUGUUUGUGUCUACACCUACUGAAGACGUUCCUCUGUCAUCGUACGCUAACACCAGCAUCUGCAUGCCACGCUCACACACUGAGCGACCAGUUGGGAAACAGGAGGGUGCGUCCACUUGUCUUACGUCCUGUGGCGUACCGCUUGCAUAGCACCAUACCACUAGGUGUUGGCGUCGGGUGUGCUGCCUUCGGUACAUGCAACAACGUAAUGAGACUACUACGUUGUAAGGAAUCUCGACACAGCUCCUUUGCUAGGAAUCUCGACAGAGCUCCUUAGUUAGGAAUCUCGACAGAGCUCCUUUGUUAGGAAUCUCGACAGAGCUCCUUUGCUAGGAAUCUCGACAGAGCUCCUUUGCUAGGAAUCUCGACAGAGCUCCUUUGCUAGGAAUCUCGACAGAGCUCCUUUGCUCUUAUACAUACUGUAUUAUAGCGUUUUAUUUGUUUAUAUUGCCCCUUUUUUAUUGCAGCCACUUGUAUUUGACUUUGCUUGAGUCUUGAACGGCGUAUUGAAGUCACACGUUAGUGGAGUAACCGUUCGUGUUGCUUUUCUCCCUCUCGCUCUCUCCCCACCUCUGUCUUCCUCUCCCUCGAGGAACCACUCGUGUUGCCCCCCCCCCCCCCCCCACCCCCUCUCUGUGUGUUUGAAUGUGCCCUUCAUGAAAUGCCCGCUAGUUCACUGUGCAUGAACUGGUCCGUUUUUGUUUUGUUUUUCUAAUUAAUUUUCUUCUCUCUGCUGUAUCCUAUACUGGAUGCUUUUCAGUGCUGUAUCCAUGUAUCUACCAUGAUCAUCUACCCUUCAUUAGCCCUUCCUGGCCUGCAGUGCUGGUAUCUUUGUCUUUACUCAACAUGCACAGUCUCUGUCUGUAUUCAUUGCUACUUUGCAAUUUGGUACA